GUGAGAAGGAGACGGCCGCCGCUACUCGGCGACUAUGCAACUACAAAGAAGGAAUAGGAGUAGGAUUUCAAAGCUGCAAAAACAAUAUCCUUCGAUUUUGUUCCUUUAUCUUCCCCAAUUGAUCAUCUGCUCGCUGACAGUUCAUCAAACGGCAAACCCUUUUGGAAACCCUUAUCCCUAACCCAAAUUUUGCUCGCUGACUUCGCCGAAGGCAGUUCCUUUCAUUCUUAGAGAAAAUGGUUUUGCUCUCUCAAACCCUAAAUUUCUUCCUACAGUAGUUAAUGUUAGCUGCACCAUUUGCUUCUGCAUGCAGUGUAGUAUCCUAUGAGCAAUAGAUCAUUGGUUUUUAAGGGAAUGGUGGUACAAUUUGGAACAGCUUAGCGUUGGCAUUAACAGUGGUACAAUAUAUAACAGCAUGGGGUACCAUACAGCGGAAGCUUGUGUUGUCAACAAUAUAGGCUUUCUGCUGUUGUCUUGGGGUGAUCUAUGGCAUUCCUUUUCUUUCUACUGAUAUAUGAACAUUUUUUUCCCUGUUCAUUUAUGUUUGCAUAUGUUUUAUUGUGGGCAACCCCAGAUAGUUCUUAGGGAAAAAGUUGACAUUUUUUUAAAAGAAAAAGUACUCUUGGAGCUAGUAUCCUUUUGUCUAGUGUUAGGUAAUAUAAUUUUUGGAUACAAAAUAUCGUUUAUGAUGUUGGCUAUGUUUAUUCAUUAUUGUUUAUUUUAAAGGGAAAGCAUGCCUCUUUUCAUGUUAAACUGUAUAGGAUCCUUAUAUUUGAGCCUUAUCUUUUCUCAGUUUAGUUUGCAACAAAAAUUUUUUUUUUAUUUGAGCUUUUAGGUGGCUAAUAAAGGAGAUUUGACAAUGAUAUACGGUGAUGCUGAAGAGCAUAUUGUGUCAGAAUUGAAGAGGAAAAAGAAGAAAAAGAAGCAGUUGGGUACUACUCGUCCUGCCUGCUCGUGGGUGUAUUUUAGCCGGGAGUUUAUCAAGGAGUACAGUGCUUCUCAUCCGGAGUCAUCAGGCCUUAAAGCUGCCACUAAAGCAGCUUCAGAUGCUUGGAAGUCAAUGACCAUUGAAGAAAAAGCAAAAUAUACUAGGCGUGCUCGUGAAGUGUGGGAUGAUUACUUGCGUACAGCUCCCCUCCAUACUCCUAAGCCCAGAAAGCAGACAAAACUAGUCACCAGAUGCUCUCCUGGCCGCUUGUUCAAUGUGCUUCAGCGCCUCACACCUGAACAAAAGGAUGCAGUUAAGAGCAUGGGAUUUGGCAGCCUCCUUAGUCUUCGAUGCCGCACUCUUCGUCGUAGUUUGUGUCUUUGGCUGUUGGAGAGGUUUAAUACUGCACAGCGCAGCUUAGAGAUUUGUGGCAAGUGCAUUCCUUUAUACCAUAGAGAUGUGGAGCAUGUAAUGGGAUUGACAGCUAGUGGGAAGGAUGUGGUGAAUUCAGGGCCUGAUGAUUUGAUUGCUGAUUUACGUCAUCAUUAUAAUGCUACAAAUCAUGGGAUUUCAGUGCGACUUUUAGAGGACCGCCUGGCAGCUCCUGAAGCAGGAGAGGAUUUUAAGAGAUCAUUUGUCCUCUAUGCUCUGGGUACUGUUUUAUCUCCAACAGCAAGGCUAGAUGUUAGCCCUUCAUUCCUCCAUUUUUUGACAAAUAUGGACGUUUUGCAUCAGUAUAACUGGGGAAAGUUCCUCCUAGACCGGCUAGUUCGAGAGAUAUCACGUUUUCAUCAAGGAAGGCAGCAGGCAGUUGGUGGAUGUCUUCUCUUUCUUCAGCUGUUUUAUUAUGAUAGCAUCUCCAUUGAGGGAGCUGGUUCUUUAUCGUCUGCUGUCAUUCCAUGCUUAUCUUCAUGGGGUGAGGAAGAGAUCUCUGAGAGAGAAAAGCGAGAAAGAGAACUUGGUGGUUAUGGUCUUGGGGAGGUGCUUUGCAAAGAGAGGUGCAUUGCUGUGGAAGCAUCAGAACAAGGAAGCCAAAUAGAAAGCCCGCUUGUAGGCAAAAGACGAACUGGGAUUCAGAAUGUUGCCAUAUUUGAGCAGUCUAAUGGAGAACCAGUGGAUGGAGAUUUUAAUAUGGAAGAGGUGGUUGCUUCUCACCCUUUCUUUUAGAUUCUUCUUUUUGCUUCCCCCUGCCUCCCUCUCUUUUUUGGCAUGAUUAGUGUUGCUUCUUUCCAGCUUCCUCUAAACUGUUUAGUGGUUAUUUGGUGAUGGGAGGGAGUGCAUGCUAGUUUCAUUCGUAGUAUUGUUAGGCAUUCGGACAAUCUGAUUGCAAGAGAGCAUGAUAUUGGACUUUGAUGUUAUGUUUCACAGGCAAAUGAGCCAAACUUUCUUAAGACUAAAAACCUAGUAUGUGGAAACAUAGAGUUGGUAGUUGAUUCAGUUAAAACCCCAUGCCGAAACAAAGAGUACGGAUGCACUGAAACUGUGGAUCGUUUAAGGAACAAUGACCAUGAAGAAACAUGUAGCUAUCAACCGUGCGCAUGCCCACUUACCAAUUGCAACUUCAUUGACUCAUCCGAACAGUUGUCACUACACUUCAGCAGCAAGCAUUGGGAUUCCGGAAGGGUUUUUAGGUACAAUAUUCCUUUGUCUGUCUCCUUGGCAAUGGAUGCACAAUUCCUUGUUCUUCAAGCAGAGGAGGAUGGUAUUCUCUUCAUCCUCAACAAAGGUGUUGUUGAAACUGUUGGGAAUACUGUCAUGAUAACUUGCAUUGCACCGAGUUCAUCCAAAGAAAAGUUCUUGUAUGAUCUUGUAUCAGGAAGAGGCAUCAGUUCACUCAGGCUAAAAUCAAUGACUGAGAAUUUUCCAGGGCGAGUAGAAGGUUUUCCUCCCAUGGAUUUUCUUCUUGUCCCUUUUCGUUUCCUUGGUCCUUCUGGAGAGCUUAACUUAGAAGUUUGUAUAUGGAACUCAACAGAACUUGGUGAAGAUUGCCAGUGAUUUUUAUUCUUGUAAACUGCCUAGUUUACAUGUAAAACAGAUAAUUCAAUUCUCUCUUUCAAUCUUUAAAUUUUGUCUUAUAAAUAAAUUUAGAUCCUUAUU